AUGUCUCACGACGGGCCAAAGACUAUCCGCGUGGCAGCUGUUCAAGCCGAGCCCGAAUGGAACAAUUUACAGAAGGGCGUCGAGAAAACCAUCCGAUUGAUUAUCGAAGCCGGCAAGAAUGGCGCGAACGUGAUGGGAUUUCCCGAAGUUUGGAUCCCUGGUUAUCCCUGGAGCAUCUGGAAUCAGUCUGUGGUGGACAACGUGGAGUUCAUGGAUGAGUACUUUCGUAAUUCAUUGGAGCGAGACUCCGAAGAAAUGAAUCGCAUCCGCUGCGCUGUCAAAGAAGCUGGCAUCUUCUGUGUGCUUGGCUACAGCGAGAGAUAUCAAGGAUCUUUGUAUAUUUCUCAGUCAUUCAUUGACGAAAAUGGCGAUAUUGUUCAUCAUCGCCGUAAGAUCAAGCCCACUCAUGUUGAGCGUGGCUUCUGGGGCGAGGGCCAGGCUGAUUCGCUCAAGUCGGUGGUCAAGAGCUCGUUUGGCAAUAUCGGAGGGUUGAACUGCUGGGAACACACCCAGACCCUAUUGCGGUACUACGAGUACGCACAGAAUGUCGACAUCCACAUUGCUAGCUGGCCUUUGAUCUUUGGCGCGUGUGCCGAGAUGCAAUACCACAUUUCCAGCGAGAUGUGCGGGAAGCUGACUCAGGUGAUGUCCAUGGAGGGCGCAUGCUUCACCCUAAUCUGCUCACAAGUGAUGUCUGCGGAGAAUUGCGAGCGCAACAAGGUGGAUAAGUGGUCAUUUGUCAAGGCUCCCGGUGGUGGAUUCUCGAUGAUCUAUGGGCCCGCAGGAGAGCCUCUUGUAGAAGCUCCAGACGCGGGCGAGGAGGUAAUCCUGUAUGCCGACGUGAAACUUGCUGAGAAAUGGCGUGCGAAGCAAAACCUAGAUGUGGUUGGUCACUACUCGCGGCCGGAUCUUCUCAGCCUGAAGGUCACCAACAAUGCAGCCAGCCAGGUACACUUCGCAUGA